AGAGUGCUUUUACACCUUUUGACCAGCUUGUGUUAUUCAAGAUAGUGAAUAAUAUAUUUUUUGCCCUUGGAUGAUAACCUUGACUCACAUCAUCUCUUAUACCUCACAAGUACUUUUGGCAUAUUAUUUUCUUAUUUUCAUGUAAUGUUCUAUGCGGUUUUUUUUUUAUAGGUCCUCACAACUGAGGUUUGUCCUAGCCCCUGGUCCUACAUUAGCCUCACAGACCCUGGUACCUCAAGGGAUUUCAUGGGAUCAGAUAGAGGUGUGCCCACAGGGUGGUGCUAUUGUGGAGCACAUGAGUGAGGCCUUAGCAGAGCAAGGAGGAUGUGCAUUGAUUGUGGAUUAUGGAGAAGAUGACAGCAAAAGGCACACUCUGAGGGCAUUCAAGAAACAUAAAUUACAUGAUGUAUUAGUGGAUCCUGGAAAUGCAGAUGUUACAGCUAAUGUUGAUUUUUCGUACCUCAGGAAGGCUACCCGUGGAAAAGUUCAAACGUUUGGACCAGUUACACAGAGCUCAUUUCUUCAGCAAAUGGGGAUCGACACGAGAAUGAAGGUAAGCAAGGUGUCACCCUCUCUAAAUAAAGUUGAUUGAUUGACUGAUUGAAGGUUCUCAGGUCCCGCUCGGGCCUUCGCGAAAAAUUCGCACUGAAAUAAUGAUAUGAGACGUGGGAAACGGCGUGCUGUCUUGUUGUCAAAUACUCCGUCUCCCCUUGAGCGAGGGACGAGGCGGGAUGGCAGGAGCUUGUUAAAAUCCGCGGAAAAGCAACAAACACACGACUGUGGAAAUGAAGGUGCACUGCGCGCAUCUUGUCAGCAAAUUGUCAUGGUACAAAUUUGAUAAGCAAUGUGUUGUUCGAACUGUCUUAAGUUCACGGACUAAGUAUUUCAGAGUUUCUUCGUAGCCCAAUUCUUUGCGUCAUGUUUGCGCUUCAGAAAAUAAGCGACCCUGCGAGCUGGUCUUAGUGACAGAAAGACUCCCCUGUUUUUGGUUUCGGACGAACCGUAAAGCCACUUUCCUGCCUUUCUCGCCGUGUUUGGAUUAUGUUUGAGGCAAGCCUAUGAUGCUCGUUGUUCAUGGGUGAAAACUAAGUCGUUGUUUCAUCAUCAUCGUCAUUUAAAAUGCACGGA